AGUUUGGCUGAAAGGUUCUGGACAAGUGAGUCUUUUUGCGGCUGCAGAAAAUAGGCCCCCGCAAAAUGCUCCGCACCCUGGCAGCAACUUGGAUGGGCGCUGCAGCACAGCAGGUGGGGACACACGUCGAGGAGUUCCACCCGGAGAUGGCGCUGUACACCUGCGACAGCGCCGGUUGCUCAAAGGAGGUGAAGUCUGUGGUUUUGGACUCCAACUGGCGAUGGAUCCACAAUGGCCAGUACACCAACUGCUACAAGGAUGGUGACUGGGAUGCCACCUUGUGCCCGGACCCCGUGACCUGUGCGGCAAAUUGCCACAUGGAGGGUAAUUCGGAGGAGCACUACAAGAAGACAUACGGAAUCAACACCAUUGAUGACGGUCUGAGGCUGGACUUCGUGAGCACGACGAAGUAUGGCUCCAACUUCGGGUCUCGGGUGUACAUGUUGGACAGCCCCGACAUGUACAAGGUCUUCAAGCUGCUGAAUCGGGAGUUCACCCUGACGGUGGACAUGAAAUACAUGCCCUGCGGCCUCAACGGCGCCGUCUACUUUGUGGAGAUGGAUGCCGAUGGCGGCAAGAGCAACGCCGAGCUGAGCGGAGGCAACAACAAGGCCGGCGCCAAGUAUGGCACGGGGUACUGCGAUGCGCAGUGCCCGCACGACAUGAAGUUCAUGCAGGGCAAGGCAAAUGUCAUCUCCUGGAACGCCAGCCAUACCCCUCCAAUCGGCAAGUGGGGAGCCUGCUGCGCGGAGAUGGACAUCUGGGAGGCCAAUAGCAAAGCCACGGCCUACACGCCCCACCCUUGCUCCUUCACCGGAGUCUAUGUUUGCGAGGGCGUGGAUUGCGGCGACAACGCGAAGGAGGAGCGCUAUGAUGGUGUUUGUGACAAGGAUGGCUGUGACUUCAACUCUUGGCGGCUUGGAGCCAGGGAGUUCUAUGGCCGGGGCAAGGACUACGAUGUCAACACCCGGAAGAAGAUUACCGUAGUCACCCAGUUCAUCACUGAGGGUAACAGAGAUGAUGGGGACCUCAUCGACAUCCGGCGAUUCUACGUGCAGGACGGCAAAGUCAUCCCCAACUCCAACGUUUCCUUGGCCGGGGUCUCGGGGAAUUCGGUCACCGACAAGGUCUGUGCAGACAUGAAGUCGGCCUUUGGGGACAUCGACGACUUCACUCGGAAGGGUGGCUUGAAGGCCAUGGGAGAGGCAUUGGAUCGGGGGAUGGUCCUGGUGAUGUCGCUGUGGGAUGACGAGGAGGCGAACAUGUUGUGGCUGGAUUCGGACUAUCCCUUGAACAAGGACCCCUCUAUCCCCGGUGUUAGCCGUGGCCCCUGCGCCACAGACACAGGCAAGCCCGAGUACCUCCGCGAGAAGUACGCAGCGGCACGCGUGAAGUACAGCAAGAUCAAGGUGGGAACUAUUGGGUCCACUUUCAACGGCCAGGACGACGAGGAUGAUGACGACGACGGAAUCUGGGAUGAUGACCGUAGGCUUCAGGAGCUCCACAUUUGAGCCAGGCCUUUUGAGCCCUGCCUCGCUCUUUUGACUUGCAAACGCAAACCCGGGCGCCAGAGACUGGCUAAGCCUGAUUCGAUUACAGGAAUUCGAACUGCUUGCAAACCCAAUACUUGAGUCUGCCUUUUUUUGAGGGUACCCCUUUUGGAGCGGUUU